GUGCAGGCCAAGAAAGGGAAAGAAAAAAAAAAUAAAAAAAUGAACGGUUGUCAGUUAAACAUUCGACGUUGUUUUGUUUUAUAAAAUUACAAUUACUUGGUUAUAGUUAAUAUAAAAGGAAAAUGGUAAAUAUAAACGAGACCGCUGUGAAAAAUAUUGGAAAGGUUUUAAACGACCCUUCAAGACCUAUGAAGGAAAGAUUUAGGGCUUUAUUUACACUUCGAAACUUGGGAGGUAAUACCGCAAUAAAUUGUAUCAACGACUGCUUUAGCGAUGAUUCAGUGCUUUUAAAACAUGAAUUAGCCUACUGCCUUGGUCAGAUGCAAGACAAAACAGCUAUACCUCUUCUAAGAAAUGUCUUGGAGGAUAAAACUCAAGAUCCAAUUGUACGGCAUGAAGCAGGUGAAGCAUUGGGCGCUAUUGGUGAUCCACAUCUACAGGAAUUAUUAGAAAAAUAUCAAUAUGAUUCUGCAAUUGAAGUGGCUGAGACCUGUCAGAUAGCAUUAGAAAGACUAAAUUGGAUUAGAAAACAGAACAGUGAGAAAUUAAGCAGUAGUAUAUUUCUCUCUAUUGAUCCAGCACCACCAAGUACUGAAGAAAAUUUUGAAGUCUUAAAGAAUACUAUGAUGGAUGAAAGUAAAACCUUAUUUGAUAGAUACAGGGCUAUGUUCAGUUUAAGAAACUUAGGAACUAGCGAAAGUAUCAAUGCUUUAGGUGAAGGAUUCAAAGCAAGUAGUGCAUUGUUCCGUCAUGAAGUUGCUUUUAUCUUUGGACAAAUGCAAGAUGAGCGUAGCAUUCCAUUUUUGAAACAAACACUUGAAGACACAGCUGAACAUGAAAUGGUGCGACAUGAGGCAGCUGAGGCACUCGGUUCAAUCGCUACUAAUGAAUGUACGGAGGUUCUUAAAAAGUACUUAAAUGACCCUCGCCCAGUGGUGCGUGAGAGUUGCGAAGUGGCUCUCGAUAUGUCUGAGUAUGAGAACAAUCCGGAAUUCCAAUACGCAAAUACACUGCUUACUGUCGAGAGUUAGAUUUUGUAUAGAGUGCUUCAUAAUGUUUGAAGACCCUUACUGAUGUUAACAUUUCUGUUACUUUGAUCAUUUAAAGCAAUGUGAUUGUUUGCUUGCUUGAAGUUUUCCACAAAAAUGUUUAUUUCUUUCUAUCAUUUUGGAAACGUAACAAAACAACUUCAAUAAUAGGGAAAUACUUCGGAAAAUUAUAGUUUAAUUUUUGCCAAUUUUCUUACGCUUACGAUAGUUUUGUCAAUUGGUAUAUGUCAAUACAAUACAGUACUGUAUGUAUGGUACAUAUUUUGCAUACGGUAUUUUAACCUACACGUCAACGGACUUCUGUUCAAGUUUUUCAUAUAAAAAUUAUGGUUUUUACGCAAGCAAGGUUAGUGUUAAAUUGUGUUUUUUACACAUAUUGAUACUUAGUAGUUUUAAUUUUAUAAAUUUUAAUAAAAGAGUU